CUAAGAAAUGUGGGCGGUAGUUAGAAAAAAAUAACUACAAAUAGAAAAACUUUCACAGAGAAAAUUUUAGAUUUCUAGACUCACAUAGUCAUUUUCAUACCUUUUCAUUUAUCGAAAAAUUCCUAUUUCCUAUUAUAUCUCAAUCUCACCAACACCAGUUUAAGAGAUUGCAGUAAAAAUCAUCAUUGGAGACGAUCUAAGUUGAAUUAUGAGUUUAAUUACUUAAGCUAGGUAAUCGAGCAAACACUUUUUGAUAGUCAACACCUUUUAUACUAAAUUAUCGAUUAGGUAUAGUAUUAAUAUUAGAUUAAGAUUUAAUCAGAUCUCAUCUACUGUGUUAAUCAGUAGACUUUUUUUACAGCGAAAAAUUGUACCUAAUUCAGGAUGGGGAGGAUGAAAACUGGGAUGUUGGAUUUUGAUUGGUUCAAUCUUCUGACAUUAUCUUUUUCCCCCUCUCAAUAAUUCCUUCUUUCUUUCUUCUAAAAAACCAAAACCCUCCUCAUCUCUACAAAAUUCAGACCCAAACUUUCUUCUUCUUCUUUCUUUAUCUAUCUUUGUUUGGGAAUAAUGGCAAACUUAGCCUUGAAACAGUGUAUAUUUCUUGGUUCUCCAAUUACAAACAAGAAUCUUAGUAAUGGGUCGAUUUCAGUUAUUGGGUUCCCACCACCAUCUUCUUCCUCUCGAAAACACCUUGUUUUGACUGCCAAGGCUGCUGUUACCGUUGAGCAGCAAAUCCAGAAGAAAGUCUCUCUAAUCAAAAUUGGAACCAGAGGAAGCCCACUGGCACUUGCUCAGGCUUACCAAACACGGGAGAGACUCAUUGCCGCACAUGCAGACUUGGCUGAAGAAGGAGCCAUUGAAAUUAUUAUUAUAAAAACAACUGGUGACAAGAUACUGGAUCAGCCUCUUGCAGAUAUAGGAGGCAAAGGCCUGUUCACAAAAGAGAUAGAUGAAGCUCUACUAAAUGGCGACAUAGAUAUCGCCGUCCACUCUAUGAAAGAUGUCCCUACAUAUUUACCAGAGGGGACGAUUUUACCAUGCAACCUUCCACGAGAAGAUGUCCGUGAUGCAUUUAUUUCAUUAAGUGCAGCUUCUCUGGGUGAUCUCCCUGCUGGAAGUGUUGUUGGUAGUGCUUCUCUUAGAAGACAAUCACAGAUACUGCACAAAUACCCUUCAUUGAAAGUCGAGAACAUUAGAGGCAACGUUCAAACAAGAUUAAAGAAACUUAAAGAAGGGAAAGUCAAAGCGACCUUAUUAGCAUUGGCCGGGCUCAAACGUCUUGACAUGACAGAAAAUGUCACUGCCAUUCUAUCUAUAGAUGAUAUGCUUCCAGCCGUUGCUCAAGGAGCUAUUGGAAUUGCAUGUCGGACCAAUGAUGAUAAGAUGGCUAAUUACAUUGCUUCACUGGAUCACGAGGAUACCAGAUUUGCCAUCACAUGUGAAAGAGCUUUCCUUGCAACACUGGAUGGUUCUUGCCGAACUCCAAUUGCAGGUUAUGCUCACCGCGAUACAGAUGGUUCUUGUGUAUUCAGGGGAUUGGUUGCUUCACCUGAUGGAACUCAAGUACUUGAGACAUCGAGAACGGGUACAUUUGCUCUCGAUGAUAUGAUUGCCAUGGGGAAAGAUGCUGGUGAGGAAUUGCGUUCACGUGCUGGUCCAGGUUUCUUUGAUUUCUUAACAGCCCAAAAGUAGGAAUACAAAACAAUAAAACAUAAUAGGUGAAGAGAAAGAAAGUCUCUGGCGCAUUCGAAGGAAGAGGUAAUGCGCCUGCUUCUGAUGUCUGUACUUUGUAACAUUUACCGGCUGUAGUCGUUUGUUGAGCUAGAUUAGAUAAAGCAUGCUGUACGGAACUUCAAAUGCUGAAGAGAUUAGAUUAGACUAUUUAUUCAUUUUUGUGCAAGUUAGUUUUUCGUUUUCCUCGUUCUUCUUCA